AUGUCAGUUGUUUACAACAAGACAGAACCUCCAUUUGGUCCAAUUGUCAAUGGAACUCAAAUUAUUUUCUUUGAAUACCUCCCGAAAGAAGCAGCUGCUUGGAUAUUCGUCGUCUUGUUUUUCCUCGCUGCUGUCGUCUAUCUUGGCCUUUUAAUAUGGCUGAGGGCAUGGCACUUUCUGCCCCUCACACUUGGGGCUGUCGGUGAGGGUUUUGGCUACUAUGGGCGUGUCCAGGCACACAGAAGACCCAACGUCGCAGGCCCGUUUAUUAUGCAAAAUAUUUUGAUCUUGGGAUGCGCACCACUAAUCGCUGCCACUGUCUAUAUGACUCUCGGAACGUACAUCAAAGUUUUUCAGCUGAGAGAUCGUGUCGUGAUCCCACCACGACUGAUGACAUUCGUCUUUGUCACUGUUGAUCUGGGUUGCUUCGUGACUCAGGUCUUUGGCUCCGCCGCACCGGCUUCGGGCGACCCUCAAGGGAUCGCACUCGGGAAAACGUUGAUUAUAGGAGGCUUGAUAACACAGCUUGCAACCUUGUGUCUCUUCCUGAUCCUAACCCUGGUUUCCGACUGGCUAGCGAAGAAUAGCAAAUCGCAAGACUACAAGGUCGGUUCGAUAGCCGACUCUGCUCCGAGAUAUUUUCAGGUUACAUACUGGGUCGCCGGAGCGAUGUUACUUCGCAGUCUUGUGAGAGGCAUCGAGUAUCUUCAAGGCGAUGGAGGGUUCAUCAUUUCGCACGAAGCUUUCGUCUACGUACUGGACGGCUUACCGAUGAUAUUCGUUGCAGCCGUGUACUGUUUUGUUCAUCCUGGAAAGAUUCUUCGGGAUGCAGCUUGGGUGGGUGGAACAGAAGAGCAUCAAGAACUCGCGAACUAUCGCCGAUUGUCUGCUUGA